AAAUUGACAGCUGAGCGGUGGCGCGGCCGGCUGUGGGUGGAGUCACCCCGGGGCCUGGACGGGAACCUGGCGGGGUCAGGUCUGUCAAGCAGCCUGGAUCAUGGUUGUGUGGUGCCUGGGGAGCCGUCUUGGCCUGCGUAGGUGCCUCGGCGCUGCCAGGCUCCUGCAUCCCCGUUUCCAGAGCCGCGGCCCUCAGGACGUGGAAGACGGGGACAGGCCCCAGUCUUCCUCGAGGACACCCAGGAUCCCCAAGAUUUACACUAAAACAGGAGACAAAGGGUUUUCUAGCACCUUCACGGGAGAAAGGAGACCCAAAGAUGACCAGGUGUUUGAAGCCGUGGGAACUACAGAUGAAUUAAGUUCAGCUAUUGGGUUUGCUCUGGAAUUAGUCACAGAAAAGGGCCACACGUUUGCUGAAGAGCUUCAGAAAAUCCAGUGCCUGUUGCAGGACGUCGGCUCUGCCCUGGCGACACCCCGCUCCUCAGCCCGGGAGGCUCACUUAAAGUACACCACGUUUGAGGCGGGGCCCAUCGUGGAGCUGGAGCAGUGGAUUGACAACUACACCAGCCAGCUCCCACCACUCACGGCCUUCAUUCUGCCUUCAGGAGGCAAGAUCAGCUCGGCGCUGCACUUCUGCCGGGCAGUGUGCCGCAGAGCUGAGAGACGUGUGGUGCCUCUUGUCCAGAUGGGAGAGACCGAUGCGAAUGUAGCCAAGUUCUUAAACAGACUCAGUGACUAUCUCUUCACGCUGGCCAGAUAUGCAGCCAUGAAGGAGGGCAAUCAAGAGAAAAUAUACAAGAAAAAUGACCCAUCGGCUGAGUCUGAGGCACUCUGAAAUCAAAAAUGAGCUUGGAGGACCCCUCCAUGGUGAUGGCCUUGGAGAAGGGAGCUUGCCCUUCUGGGUUCCUGGUUCCUGAAGAGCUCACCCAGAGUGCCUGAGAGCAGCCUUGUGUCUCGGCUCAGCUUUGCCCCACACCUCCUGCCACCUUCCCUUUGGGGAUUCUGUCCCUGACUCUACUUCCCCAAGCUCUCCUGGGUCUUGGAGGGAAGUGGGCAUGAAUCAGCAUUGCAGGAAAGACAGGUAAAGUGCUGCAAUGAGAAGGAGCUGUGUGGAGGAAUAACAGUGGGAAAGGCUGGAGCCGUGUGUGUGUGUGUGUGUGUGUGUGUGUGUGUGUGUGUGUGAGAGAGAGAGAGAGAGAGAGAGAGAGAGAGAGAGAGAGAGAGAGAGAGAGAGCCCUCCCACUGCCAGCUCAGAUUGUUCAUGGAUUUGGAAUGGGACCAGAGGCCCUUGAAAAUGUAAUUGUGAUUUACCUGUGCCAAAGGGGCUUUAAAUGUCACAUUUAUAAAGGGGAAGGCGGACAGCAUUUGGAAGCUUUGUCACCUCUGAGCCACCCAUCACCAACAAAGUGUGGGGGAGGGACAGCUGCAGAUUGGCAAAUGAGGCUCAGAAACUCCUGGCUUAGAUUGAAGUGUGUGUGGCGGGGGUGCAGCUUAGGGGACCCCCUCUGAAAGGGAUGGACUAGGUGAGAACAGCAAUACUGCUUAAAGGUGAACUUCCCUGGCUUAGAUUGAAGUGUGUGUGGCGGGGGUGCAGCUUAGGGGACCCCCUCUGAAAGGGAUGGACUCCGGUGAGAACAGCAAUACUGCUUAAAGGUGAACUUCCCUGUCUGGUUGGACUGAGUCGAGGGUCUGCGGUGCAGUGUCUUCAGCCUGAGAAAAUGAGGUUGUCAGUUUCCAGCGAGGCUGACAUCCACCAGGCUGAUUUCUCCAAUGUUGCACUUGGCUGGCUUACGCCUCUGCGAUCCGUGCCAUGGCUGUAUUUAUUUCAGUUGUCACCAUUGCUCCCUCCCGCUAUGAAACGACACUGCUAGUGCCAGCAGUGUCCUUGGGAAAGGCGAUAUUUAUGAAGGGCAGAGAGGCAGCCCCAAGAACCUAAAGACUGCAGGCUGCUAAUUGCAGGAAAUGACUUCGGAAGGGCAGGCUCUUGUCAAGUGUCAGGGCUGAAAUGCCUGGCAAACUCCAUUCAGUGUCACAUAUUGGCUGAGUGCCUGCUCAUCCUUGGUCACCGAGCGGGGCUUGGGAAGGCUGGUCACUCUGGCCAUCUUUCUUGCCAGUAAGUCAGCAAACAUUACAUUCAGUCAUGUGCAUAUUUUUGCCUUUAUUCUUACCAUCUUGCCUGCAAAGUUUGCAGGAGGGCCAGGGACAUUCGUGUCUUCUGGAUCCUUUCGUUGCUGGCAGGCUGCAGUGGCCCUCUUGAGCCUUGGGCAGGGUGGGUGAGGUGUAGAUGACCAGGAGUGUGUGAAUGUCUUCCAGGAGGGGGCUUUGUGCCUUCCUGCCCCCAUAGUCACUACCAGGUAUGUUACUGAGUAGGUGCUCAGUAUUUGCACACAGAAUUGAAAAUGGACUUUGGGAGGCCAAGGCAGGCAGAUCACCUGAGAUCAGUAAUUUGAGACCAGCCUGGCCAACAUGGCAAAACCCCAGCUCUACUAAAAAUACAAAAAAAAAAAAAAAUUAGCUGGGUGUGGUGGCGGGCACCUGCAAUCCCAGCUACUCUGGAAGCUGAGGCGGGAGAAUCACUUGAACCCAGGAGGCAGAGGCUGCAGUGAGCUGAAAUAAAGAUACUGCACUCCAGCCUGGGUAACAGAGUGACACUUUGUCUCAAAAAAACAAAAAAUGGGAAAGGCCUGAGUUUGCAAUCACUAAGGCUCGGUCAGGGAGUAUGUUUAAAGAGCUCACAGCGAAUCACUCAAUUCUGUCCACACCUCAAAAUUUUCCUGGAAUAUAUGUUUAAUAAAACACCAGCCCUGCAUGCCUAGCCAUGGCAAAGCACAGCCUCCAAAGGAUAAGAAAAGCUCUUUGAGUAAAUGCAGCAUCCUAAAGUGAUGACCUUCGAAACAAGGCCAUUCGCCUGCUGCCAAGUCCUGUCCUUCCAGGAUCAGCUGUCACAGGCCGGAUGUUAACAGUCACGUUCUCAGACCCCUGCCUCUGCAUCUAUCUCCCGGUUCACCAGCAAACACUUCCGUGAGAAACCACCCAGGUGCAGGAGGGACGCUACUGCUCGGCAGGUGUUUCUCUCCUGUGCUAUCAACCUGGGGAAAAUGGAGAAAACCUGCUCUGGGGGUUGGGAGGGUGGGGUGUUUGGAGCAGCUGCUCCUCUGCAGUGCCUUUCAAAAGCCCUAUCAAGAGCCUGAGGCAAAAGGAAAGCUGCGUAUCCUGUACACUGAGCAAAUAUCCUCCCAUAUUUUGAACCGGGUGGGAAGUUAAUAAAAGCCUGCAAUCAAGAAACACGGCUGCGAAGCCCCACUGCCCCAGCAUUUGCACAUCAUGGCAGCCCUCAGAAAUGAUCAAUCCCAUUGCACGGGAACAUGGGCUUUCGAAACAAACAGCAGCCUGUUUUUAUUUAAAGUCGUGAUCCCUUGCUUAUCACAGGUUCUUCCAAAAUCAAAUUAUGAUUGAGUCAAAUCAAACUGGAAAAUACUGCAAAUAUUGUUCAGUCACCAAGUUUGUGGGCACUCCCUUACAUUUUGCACCCAUGAAAAUGCCUCCUCCACCUCCCCCUCCUCCAGACCAGGCUCCCUGGAGUGGGGUGUUUAGUGUAUUUCCAGAGUGCUGGCAGUUGGCUCUUCCGUCAGAAGCCCACGGUAACAGUGACACCAGCCUGCACUGUGAAAGGGCUUGCUAUGUGCAGUGCCCUGAGCCAAGCGUUCCACAGACACGAUCUCAUUUGAACCCCGUAGCAGCCCUGGAAGGAGGCAUUAGAUGUGCCCCACUUUGCAGGUGGGGAACCGAGUUGUCCUGGGGAGUCGGUGCCAAGAUAUGGGCCCAGGACGCGACCUUGUGACUCCUGGCCCCGUGCUCCUCGGCUCCCACCCCACUGCUGCUUGACAGUCAUUUUAAUCACUACCUGGGCUGCGGCGAACAAUGCCAGGCUCUGAUAGAUCCUGCUGUCUCAUUUCUCAACCUAGUUUCCCUUAACUGAUAUUUCAUGGCUAUUGUUAAUGUGCAUUUUUCACGGAGUAAUUUCCACAGCCCGAACUUGUAACACAUCCCAAUGACAAACGUCCGUGGUUCCGAAGCCCCCAUCAGUGGCAAUGUCACCCUCGCUGCUGCCUUGACGCCUUCCGACAGCCCAUUCAGUUUUAUGAUCGCCCCGUCCCCGUGAUCACUACUGAACCUUUAAGAAUCCAGACGCAUUUCAAGUUUAAUUGAAUAAAAUUCUUUGUAUAAUAAA